UGGAGUUGCUGCUGAUGGUAUACAUAUGUGUGUUUCAGAGCACUGUUGAGAUACCUUAGGGUCAGGGGCUAUUAUUGGACUUUCCAAUUGUUCUAAAGAAAGGUUGAUCUCUGAUACACGUAUUUAUCGGAUAAUUACAAACGAUGGCGCUCGCUGGUGUUUUGCCACUGAACAUCACUUACUACAACCAGAGUGACUCCAAUGUAACCAAUACGACCAAUACAACAAUGCAGUAUUCCCGAGACGAGACUUUAGCGAUAGCAGAAGUGGCAGUUAUGGGAGUUAUCCUUCACCUUUCGUUAUUUGGAAACAGUGCUGUUUUAUUAAUUCUAAAGUGUCGUCGAGCGAAACUAACACGUAUGCAGUGGUUUAUCGUUCAUUUGUGUCUCGCCGACAUCUCGGUUGCCUUGUUUAACGUACUUCCACAAAUGGCCUGGGAUAUCACAUACAGGUUCCAGGGAUCCACCUUUACAUGUAAACUUAUUAAGUAUUUACAGCUGACUUCAAUGUAUGCAUCUUCUUACGUCUUAGUUAUGACUGCGCUUGAUCGCUUCAGUUCUAUUUGUUAUCCCCUUGCCAGUCAAACCUGGACGACACGCAGAGUGCAUAUCAUGAUAUCAACUGCCUGGAUUUUGUCCUUAACAUUCUCAAUACCACAACUGAUUCUCUUUUCUAUGCAAGAAACUUUUCCUGGAAGUGGUGAAUAUGACUGUUGGGAAACAAUAAGUGUAGGGCCAGCAUGGAAAAUUCAACUUUACGUCACGUGGAUUUUCAUUUCCAUUUACGCAAUACCUUUAGUGAUUCUUGCAUUUGCGUACAUCAAAAUUUGCCAUGUUGUUUGGGUGAGUGUGGAUUCCAGAAAGACGUGGAAACUGACAUUUAAGAAAGACGCAGCUUUUCAACAGGCUGACAUGAACAGUCCACGCCUUCUGAAAAAUCCUAGAGCUCACAGUAAGGGCGUAUCAAAAUCCAAAAUUAAAACUAUCAAGUUAACGGUGGUUGUGGUUACAUGCUAUUUCUUGUGUUGGGGACCUUUCUUUGUGGCACAGACCUGGAGUGCCUUUGACAUCAAUGCCCCUUUCUAUGGCGCUGCAUUUACGAUCAUUCUACUAUUAGCAAACCUGAACAGCUGCGUAAAUCCUUGGAUUUUUCUCGCCUUUAGCAGCCACACCUGUACAUCGCGACCUUCAAAAGACACCCGUCCGUCUACUGUGACCAGUAACACGUACCUUGAUACUGCAGACGCUAGAGCUGGUCGUAGUCUCUUACAGGAGAGCAACUCCUUCUCUAAGAGAUCUUCACGAGACAUGAAGAGGUCAUUUUCUGAAUUAAGUCAGUCCAAUGUCUGAAAAUCAUGAUGGCAAAUUUCAUCCUACGUAAACGUUUCACUAUAGUUGUUUGAGACUGUUCUGCUUAUGUACGGUUUAGAUCACAAAUACUUUGAAUCAACAAUUACGAGGUACGGAGUCAUUGAAGUCCUCGGAAACGCGUCUUUGUAAACUAUUGUCCUAUUAAUGUACAUUCAAAUACUGUUCACUUGGCAUUUAUUAUUUGCAGAUGUGUGUAACUAGCAUGUGUAUUGAAAUAGUGAUCACGACUGCAAAACAUGUUUUUGCUGUUGUAUUGUGCAUUAUUUAACUAGAAUGGUUAUUUUACACGAUCAUCAUUUUAUUAAAUUUGAUAGAGAUAAAACAUUAUCAAGUAAAAAUAACAAUGGACAAAAAAUGUCUAUCAUAUCUAAGCCUUUCUUUUUUUAUUUCUCUACGACCGGCAGUAAGUAUGUAAUCAAAAAUUCGAAACAUUAUAGAGGUUAUGGUAUCUCUGAAUAACGUAAAAUCUACUAAUGUUUGAGCAGAGAAAAUUGAUCGAAACCUAUUGAUAAGUAUCAGACUGUGUAUUGCUGUUUUAGUGAAAUAUUUAGAAUUGUCCAAAUAAGGAAAGAUAAUAUCUGACAUUUAAAAGUAAAAUACCAAUAGAUAACAAAAUAGAAAUAACUACUUCUAACCCUAACCGUGACAAUAUCCUUGAACCCACCAAUCCUAUUCCUGGCAAUAUCAUUGAACUCCCUAACCCUGACAAUAUCCCUGAAUCCUGACAAUAUUCCUAAAAUCCCUUAACCCCUAACCCUGGCAAUAUCACUGAACUCCCUAACCCCUAUCCCUGACAAUAUCCCUAAAUCCUGAUAUUAUCCCUGAAAUCCCUAACCCUAUCCUUGACAAUACCCCUGAAAUCCCUAACCCCUAUCCCUGACAAUAUCACUGAUCUCCCUUACCCCUAUCCCUGAAAAUAUCACUGAACUCCCUAACCCCUAUCCCUGACAAUAUCACUGAACUCCCUAACCCCUAUCCCUGACAAUAUCACUGAACUUCCAAACCCCUAUCCCUGACAAUAUCACUGAACUCCCUAACCCCUAUCCCUGACAAUAUCCAUGAACUCCCUUACCCCUAUCCCUGAAAUUAUCACUGAACUCCCUUACCCCUAUCCCUGAAAAUAUCCAUGAACUCCCUUACCCCUAUCCCUGAAAUUAUCCAUGAACUCCCUUACCCCUAUCCCUGACAAUAGCCAUGAACUCCCUUACCCCUAUCCCUGAAAUUAUCCCUGAACUCCCUUACCCCUAUCCCUGACAAUAUCCAUGAACUCCCUUACCCCUAUCCCUGAAAUUAUCCCUGAACUCCCUUACUCCUAUCCCUGACAAUAUCCAUGAACUCCCUUACCCCUAUCCCUGAAAUUAUCCCUGAACUCCCUUACUCCUAUCCCUGACAAUAUCCCUGAACUGCCUUACCCCUAUCCCUGACAAUACGCCUGAAAUCCCUAACCCCUAUCCCUGAAAUUAUCCCUGAGCUCCCUAACCCCUAUCCCUGACAAUAUCCAUGAACUCCCUAACCCCUAUCCCUGACAAUAUCCUUGAACUCCCUAACCCUAA